GCAGCAUGGAGACCUCGUCGCUGCUGUCCUCCUUGAACGAUGAGUGCAAGUCGGACCACUACAUCGAGCCUCACUACAAGGAGUGGUACCGCGUGGCGGUGGACACGCUGAUCGAGCAUGGCCUCGAAGCCUACCAAGAAUUCCUGACCAAGGAGCGCGUGUCUGACUUCCUGGCCGAGGAAGAGGUCAGCUACAUCCUAGGACACGUCCAGAAGCUGGUCCAGAGCCCAGCCCAGGGCACCGACGGCUCCUGCGAUGACACGUCGUCAUCAGGGACGUACUGGCCGCUGGAGUCGGACGUGGAGGCGCCCGACCUGGACCUGGGCUGGCCCUACGUGAUGCCCGGGCUGCUGGGUGGGACGCAGGUGGAGCUGCUCUUCCACCCGCCCAGGGCACAACUGCUCACCAUCAAGGAGACCGUCCGCAAGAUGAUCAGGGACGCCAGGAAGGUCAUUGCUUUAGUGAUGGACAUCUUCACAGACGUGGACAUUUUCAAAGAAAUAGUGGAGGCGUCCACGCGAGGCAUAUCCGUGUACAUUUUGCUCGACGAGUCCAACUUCUGUCAUUUUCUAAAGAUGACCGAGCGGCAGGGCUGCCAGAUUCAACGUCUCCGGAAUAUUCGAGUGCGGACAGUAAAAGGCCAAGAUUACCUUUCAAAAACUGGGGCAAAAUUCCAUGGAAAACUGGAGCAGAAAUUUCUGUUGGUUGACUGCCAGAAAGUGAUGUAUGGUUCUUACAGCUACAUGUGGUCGUUCGAGAAGGCGCACCUGAGCAUGGCGCAGCUCAUCGCGGGCCAGCUGGUGGAGUCCUUCGACGAGGAGUUCCGCACGCUGUACGCGCGCUCCUGCGUGCCGGGCGCGCUGGCGGCCUUGGAGCCGGCCGGGCCGCGGCCGGGCCGGGCACGCUGGGAGAACGGGCUGGGCCACCGCUCGCUCUCCUCCCUGGCCUCGGUCUGCAGCCAGAGGAGCGCGCUCGGCGGGCGGGACCCGGCUCGCCGCCUGGACGCGGGGUGCUUCCCGCACCGGGGCCUCGGCGCCCCUUUCGAGCCGGACAAGUUCGGCCCGCGGAACCACGAGUACCGACCGCACUUCCCGCCGCCCCUGAACGGCGCCGGCCUGGCGGCGGCGCGCGCGCUGCGGCCCGGCGCGGUCCCCGAGGGCUGGAAGCGGCACAGCUACGCGGGGGAGCCGUCGGAGCAGGCCCCGUACCUGCUGCCCGGCCGGUUCCCGCCCCGGCCGGGGCCCGCGCCGCCCGCCUGGAGCCGGCCCUCGGACGCGCUCAGCGUGGCGUCCGCGUCGUCCCGGGCCGGCGGCCAGCACCACGCGCCCAGCCUGACCCUACUGGACGGCGCGGCCCGGAGGCCCGGUGGCCCGCUGGCGGAGCGGCGCGCGCCCGUGCGCAGGUCGUUCCACGGCACGGACAGCCACGUGCGCGCGCUGCAGCUGCGCAUGCCCACGCUGGAGCGCACCGCCAAGUCCUUCCUGCGCACCUGGCGGCUGGAGUCCUACCUCAACGACCGCGCCGACGCCGCGCCCGACCCCGGCGACGCCCCCGCCCCGGACGGGGCCGCCGACGGCCCGGGCCGCAAGGCCGGCGCGCUCCAGGCGCACUCGCGGCUGCGCGCCUCGUUCGUCUUCAAGCCCACGCUGCCCGAGCAGAAGGAGGUGAGCAGCUGCACCACCGGCUCCUCCAACUCCACCAUCAUCGGCUCCCAGGGCAGCGACACCCCGGGGCGGGCCCCCGACAGCCCCGCCGCCGCCGCCACCGCCCCCCAGGUGCCGCCCGAGGACGAGCCCGCCGCGCCCCCGGCGCCCCCGACGCCCGCCACGCCUGAUCACCGCGGCGUGAACGGCCACGCGGAGCCGAACCCCCGCAUCCUCACCGCCAUCCCCGCGGCCACCCUCGCGCCCCCCACCGCCCCGCUGGACCCGCAGCUGCUGAAGCGGCGGAGCUUCCCGUCCUUCGAGCACGCGCGGGCGGGCGCGGAGCCCCGGCACGGCGGCGCCUACAGCACGCUGACCCGCAGCCGCGCCCGGCCCGCCGCGCCCGCGCCCGCCGCCGCCGCCCCGCCGCUCACCGGCGCCCGCAGCCUGCUCGACGUCACCCUGAGCCCGGCCGCCGCCGACGGCGAGCCCGGGGCCGCACCCAGGCCCGCGCCCGGCCGCCACGCCCCGGCCACCAAGUCCGUCUCCAUCGCCGCCCUCCUGGACGCCAAGGAGGAGGCGCGCGGGGCGCCGAGCCCCCGCAAGGACGGCCGGGGCUCGCCCAGCUUCCUGAAGAAGGGCUCGCAGAAGCUGCGCUCGCUGCUCAGCCUGGCGCCCGAGCGGAAGGACGGCCUGGCCAGGGGCAAGGCGCCCGCCUUCUACCGGCUCUGCAGCAGCUCCGACACGCUGGCCUCCGAGGGCGGCGAGGACCCGGCGCCCCGGAGGUCCGAGCCCAGGCCGGACGCGCCCUCCCCGCCGGCCGCGCGGCCGCCCCGCGCCUCGCCCUCCCCGGGCAGCGUCCACCGGAGCCGCGAGGACGUGCGCGCGGCCCCCGGCGAGCGGCCGCCGCUGGAGAGGCCCGGGGACGCCUCGGCGCCGCGCUUCAACACCGAGCAGAUCCAGUACCGGGACGCCAGGGACGCCCGGCCGGCCGUGGCGCCCUCCGCCUCGCCCGCGCCCCGGCCCCGGCCGAGCGAGCUCCUGCGCUCCCACUCGGCCCAGCGCCGCGUCUACAGCCGCUUCGAGCCCUUCUGCCAGCUGGAGGGUGCCAUGCCCGCUCCCGGGGGCGCCGUGCGGGCCCAGGCGCUGCGCCCGGAGCGCGCGGCCACCCCGGCGGGGAGCGGCUUCGGCAGGCCCAGCCCCGGGCUGGGUUAUGGCGCUGGCACCGGCACCUUCCCCACCUACCCGCCGCCCGAGAACAAGCUGCGGGGCUUCAUGCACAGGUUCGGGAACCUCAUCACCAAGAACAAGUGA